AUGCUCUUCAUCACCCAACUCAUGCUGGCUGCCACAGCUGCCGCUGCGGCCGUCAACCACGUCGAGGUUCGCCAAGUCAAGGAGAUUCACAUCUUCCACGCCCGCAGCCUUCUCAACUACACGCCCUACAAGCGCGACAACGGCGCCCUCUUUGCCCGCGCCGACCAAAAAGAGUGCCUCGCAUCCGCCACCUCCAUCAUCAACAGCGCACCCACCCCGGACCCUAAGCUCGAGAAAUGGGGGUCCAGCCGCGGAGUCACCAACGGCAGUCCCUGCAGCGUCACCGCCCCCGCGUCUCUCUCCAAAGAGCUCAUGGAGUAUAUGACCAAGUUCUUCGAGUGGGCCGACGGCAUCCAGGACGAGGCCUCUGAGUUCCUGGACGACUGCAGCUCGUUCGAGGGCGGCAGCGCUACGUUUAGUAUUAGGACGUGCUCUACCUCCCCCACCAUCGUCUUCACUGCUUCGGACACGACCGAGACGGUCAAGCUUGAGGCUUCUUCGGCGGCUGACAAGGACAAUGCUGCUGCUGCACGCGACGCUGGUUUAACACCCGCCAUUGCCGCCGCUGUCGGCGUGAUUGGCGUCGUAAUGGCUCUGUGA